AUGUAGUCACAAUUAUUAGCAGUUGUAACAUUAGAAACAAAUGACAUACCAAAUUAUAUACACAUAUAUGAAAAUGAUGAUAUAGAUUUACUUAUAGAUGCAUUUUGUGAUCUCAAUUGUAUUAAAUAAGGGGGAAAAUAAUUCAUAAUUUAAGAAAUAAAGAGCAAUCUCAAUUAAGUUAGAAAUUCUAAAAAAGAUUUUAUAAUUUAAGCAGAAUAGAAAAAUUAACAAUCUUUUGAAAUAGAAAAAUAAGAUUGUAAGUAGUUAAAAAUAACUUUCUAGAAUUGAAGAAAAAUAACCAAAUACUUAAAUUGUAAAAUAAUCAUCAACUUUAUAAAGAAUCAUUGUCCAAAACUACAAUUAAAUAAGGUGAUGAAUUAUUAAGAAUAUAGAUUUAGGAAUAAUAAAAUAUAAAUAAGGAAUCACUUAAAUUAUAGCUUUAGAAUGGAAAUUAAUUUUUCAAUAAUAAUGAAAGGUUAAGAUAAUAAUUAGUUUCUCCUAAUUAUAGAUAUGAAAAAUAAUCAUCAGAAAUAGAUCUACCAAUUACAAAUAAAAUAAUUGAAUUUUCUAAUCAAAGAGUUCAAUAGUAAAGUAAAUAAAAAAAGAAAAUAUUUGAUGCUAAUUAACCAAAAAUAAAAUACAUACAUAAUUUAGAUAUUCUAAGAGAUAUUUUUAGACAACUGGAUAGUGAUAAAGAUGGUUAGAUUAGUUGUGAAUAAAUAAAUUUGAAAAUAUAGGAAUAAACUUUGUAAAGAAUAGCUCCUGUAUUAUUUCACAUGUAGGAGUAAAGGAUGGUAUUAGAUUUUGAUUCCUUUGCAUGUUUAAUAAUAUCUUUUGAUAUAUUGAUUUAUUGA